UUGAAGACAAAAAUGGCGUCUUAAUCAAUGAUCUCUGACAUCAGUACUACGGUUAAAAUCAUUUUUCUCUUUUGUUUUUGUAAUCUCUACUCUGUAGUUAUCUUAAGUAUUUGUUUAGCUAUUAUUUCUAUUAUAAACGUAUCUGAUAAUCUGAUUAAGUGUAAUUUGAAAAAAUUUCGUACAAUCUGUUUCCGUAAAUAUACGCCUCUAUAAUAAUAGAUCAAACUUUAUUGAAAUUUAUAUUGAUAUUUUGACGUAAUAGUGAUUUUUAAAAGUGAAGAAAAAGUAAAAGUAAUUUGCAUGCAAUGUUUUCGUUAAAAUUGUAAAUCGAUCGAUUGUAGAUUCUACAUAAUCAUAACUUUUUGUCUCUUUGUUAAAUGCUCGCUGUUAUGACAAAAUAUGAUAACCGUCGAAGGAAAAGUCGUUCUUCUUGGAUCCCAAGGUGUUGGAAAAACUAGUAUGAUCAACAGAUAUGUAAAUAAAUCUUUUAAUAAUAACGUAAAUCCAACAAUUGGUGCUGCUUUUUUUACUUGUACAAUAAAUUUAGAUAAUGCAAAAGUCAAAUUUCAAGUUUGGGACACUGCUGGUCAAGAGAGGUUUAAGUCAAUGGCCCCUAUGUAUUAUAGGAAUGCUAAUGCUGCAUUUCUUGUUUUUGACAUAACGGAAUAUAAUACUUUUACUUCUGUAAAGUCAUGGGUUACAGAACUUAAACGAAAUGUAGAGGGAACGAUGGUACUUAUACUCGUAGGUAAUAAAUUGGAUUUAGCUGAUAUGAGAAAAGUAGAUUCCGAAGAGUGUAGAAAAUAUGCGGAGUCUAUAGGUGCUUCGUAUUAUGAAAUUUCAGUGUUACACGAUGAAGGCGUUGAACAGGUAUUUUUAGCUGCCAGCUUCGGACUCUUAAAGUUAUCGACUGGUGAAAAAGAUAUUGUCACAACGUUAAAAAUUUACGAUUUUAAUAAUUCGGAGAUAAAAAAUUCUGAUGUGCCUUUAAGCGAAGAAGUUUUAGUAAAUAUGAAUAUUGCUCAUGGAAUUAAGGAAAAACCCUAUCUUUGCUGUUAAUGUUAUUGUUUUUUAUAUUAUCAACAUAAAUUUUAAAUAUGACUGUCAGUA